UGGAGGCUAAGAAGAGCCGAAUUCGGCCUAGGAUACCUUCCCAGAUGGUCUUCGGCGGAGGCGGAUAGGGGGGCGGGGAAGGAAGCUAUGCCGCAUGAUUGGCCAGAACCAAGGGUCUCCUCCUCCUCUUUCUUGCCAAUGGAAAGGUGAGGGAGGCGGAGUUAGGCGGCGGUCAGGCUGGUAACCGAUCCCGUGACUAACUGAGACAGGCAGCGAUGGCGGUGGUAGCGGUGGCUGCAGCGGCGGGCUUACGAGCCCGGAUGCUUCGGGUUUCUUCCAAGAUAAACCCUGUUUGGUACCCAGCAUCGUGCUUUUCCUCAUCUUCAGUGCCAACAGUCAAACUUUUCAUAGAUGGGAAAUUUGUUGAAUCUAAAAGUGACAAGUGGAUCGAUAUUCACAACCCUGCUACUAAUGAGUUAAUUGGCCGAGUUCCCAAAACCACAGAAGCUGAAAUGAAUGCAGCUGUGGAGUCCUGCAAACGGGCUUUUCCCUCAUGGUCAGAAACAUCUGUACUAAGUCGUCAGCAGGUUCUGCUUCGGUAUCAGCAGCUUAUCAAAGAAAACUUGAAAGAAAUUGCUAAGCUAAUCACUUUGGAGCAAGGGAAGACCCUGGCUGAUGCUGAGGGAGAUGUAUUCCGAGGCCUUCAGGUAGUUGAACAUGCCUGUAGUGUGACAUCCCUCAUGAUGGGAGAAACCAUGCCUUCCAUUACCAAAGACAUGGACAUUUACUCCUUCCGUCUGCCAUUGGGUGUAUGUGCAGGCAUUGCUCCAUUCAAUUUUCCUGCCAUGAUUCCUCUAUGGAUGUUCCCCAUAGCCAUGGUGUGUGGAAAUACCUACUUAUUGAAACCAUCUGAGCGAGUACCUGGAGCAGCUAUGUUUCUCACCAAAUUGCUGCAAGAUUCUGGUGCUCCAGAUGGGACAUUGAACGUUAUCCAUGGACAACAAGAAGCUGUGAAUUUUAUUUGUGAUCACCCGGACAUAAAAGCAAUCAGCUUUGUGGGCUCCAACCAAGCUGGAGAGUACAUCUACGAGAGAGGGUCAAGAAAUGGCAAGAGAGUUCAAGCAAAUAUGGGAGCGAAGAACCAUGGGGUAGUCAUGCCAGAUGCCAAUAAGGAAAACACUCUGAACCAACUGGUAGGAGCAGCUUUUGGAGCUGCAGGGCAACGCUGUAUGGCCCUCUCCACAGCCAUCUUGGUAGGGGAAGCAAAGAAUUGGCUGCCAGAACUUGUGGAGCGUGCCAAAAAGUUGCGAGUUAAUGCUGGGGACCAGCCUGGAGCUGAUUUGGGCCCUCUAAUCUCCCCACAGGCCAAAGAACGAGUUUGCCAUCUCAUUGAGAGUGGAACAAAGGAAGGAGCCUCGCUUCUUUUAGAUGGAAGAAAAAUUAAAGUUAAAGGCUAUGAAAAUGGCAACUUUGUUGGACCAACGAUCAUCUCAAAAGUCAAGCCAAAUAUGACCUGUUACAAGGAGGAGAUUUUUGGCCCAGUUCUAGUUGUUUUGGAGGCAGAAACUUUGGAUGAAGCCAUCAAGAUGGUGAAUAACAAUCCAUAUGGAAAUGGAACUGCCAUCUUUACCACCAAUGGAGCCAUUGCUCGAAAAUACUCUCACAUGGUGGAUGUGGGGCAGGUGGGUGUGAAUGUCCCUAUUCCAGUGCCUUUGCCAAUGUUCUCAUUUACGGGUUCUCGCUCUUCCUUCAGAGGUGACACCAAUUUUUAUGGCAAACAGGGCAUCCAAUUCUACACACAGCUAAAAACCAUUACUUCUCAGUGGAAAGAAGAAGACUCCAUGAUAACUGCAUCUACUGUAGUUAUGCCAACUAUGGGCCAUUAAAAAGAACUUUUAGCACACUUUUUCAAUCCUGAGUAACUACUCUUUCACAGAUCUUGCCAACAUAAUGCAUUAGGAAUGCACAAUACUCUAGCCAGAUGAUCUUUGGGACCUCCUUUUCCUAUAAUGCUUUUGUUACUUCACAAAGACAGCCUCCUGGUAUUCAAAAUUUCAAUUUAGGGUUUUUAGUUGCUUAUUAUUUCUAUUUAUGAAGUAACUAUUUUAUCUAUGAAAUUCUUAAAUAAAAGGAGAAUCCAGGGGAGCAGUCGAAGUGGGAAACGGCCAAGGGAGACAUGAGUGUCUUCAAGGAAGACCUUCUAGUAUAAUAGUGGAAGAAGUCAUAAAACACAAAAUAGGACAGGACAUUAUCUCUUUUUGGUCCCCAAAAUAUAACCCUCUAUCAUAAUAUUGGUGAUUCACUGAUUAUGUUUUAUUUUUAUGGUUCUGUCAGUCUUCCUUCUACUUCAGAUUGCCACUACUGAGUACUUUUUUCCAUAACAACUUUUUUGUUCAACUAUUUUGUUUAGAAGGGUGACCACACACAUAACAGAGGACUAGUUCAACAUAUUAUUCCAGGAGUUUUGUCAUUCUUAGAAGUGAAGAGAUCUUACAGUGAAGUGGGAAAGGAAUCUUACAGCAAACAAUUUUUGUCAUAUUUCUUAUAUGGAAGGACUCUUUAGCUUGUCUGUCAUGUAUAUGCUCUAAUGUCCUCCCUGCAUUUUUCAAUUAUGUCUUUUUAUUAGAGGACAAUUCCUUUAUAGAAAUCUCUUGGUAGAAGAGAAAUUUCAAUUUUUUUCAUGACAAAAAUACCAUAAAACCUGUACUGUGUUAUCAUGCCAGCAAUAUGAACUUUAUGCCUUGUUUCAAGUGA